GAGAGUACAGGUCGCGAGAUGGGGAAGAUGGCAGCGGCCAUGGGCUCUGUAGCGACUCUGGCGACUGAGCCCGGGGAGGAUGCCUUUCGGAAACUUUUCCGCUUCUACCGUCAGAGCCGGCCCGGGACCGCAGACCUGGAAGGGGUCAUCGACUUCUCGGCGGCCCAUGCAGCCCGUGGCACGGGUCCUGGUGGCCAAAAGGUGGUCAAAUCUCAGCUAAAUGUGUCUUCUGUCAGUGAGCACAAUGCAUAUAGAGCAGGUCUUCAGCCCGUCAGCAAGUGGCAAGCCUAUGGACUCAAAGGCUAUCCUGGGUUCAUUUUUAUCCCAAACCCCUUCCUCCCAGGUUACCAGUGGCACUGGGUGAAACAGUGCCUUAAGUUAUAUUCCCAGAAACCUAAUGUAUGUAACCUGGACAAACACAUGACUAAAGAAGAGACCGAAGAUCUGUGGGAACAGAGCAAAGAGUUCCUGAGGUAUAAAGAAGUGACCAAACGGAGACCCCGAAGUUUACUGGAGAAACUGCGUUGGGUGACCCUAGGCUACCAUUAUAACUGGGACAGUAAGAAAUACUCAGCAGAUCAUUACACACCUUUCCCUUCUGACCUGGCUUUCCUCUCAGAGCAAGUAGCCGCUGCCUGUGGAUUUCAGGGUUUCCGAGCCGAAGCAGGGAUCCUGAAUUACUACCGCCUGGACUCCACACUGGGAAUCCACGUAGACAGAUCUGAGCUAGAUCACUCCAAACCCUUGCUGUCAUUCAGCUUUGGACAGUCUGCCAUCUUUCUCCUGGGUGGUCUUCAAAGGGAUGAGGCCCCCACGGCCAUGUUUAUGCACAGUGGUGACAUCAUGAUAAUGUCGGGUUUCAGCCGCCUAUUGAACCACGCAGUCCCUCGUGUCCUUCCAAAUCCAGACGGGGAAGGCCUGCCUCACUGCCUAGAGGCACCUCUCCCUGCUGUCCUCCCCAGAGAUUCAAUGAUAGAGCCCUGUUCUAUGGAGGACUGGCAGGUGUGUGCCAGCUACUUGAAGACUGCUCGUGUUAACAUGACUGUCCGACAGGUCCUGGCCACAGACCAGAAUUUCCCUCUAGAACCCAUCGAGGAUAAAAAAAGAGACAUCAGUACAGAAGGUUUCUGCCAUCUGGAUGACCAGAAUAGCCAAGUAAAACGGGCCAGGAUAAACCCUGACAGCUGAGACGUGGAGAUCCCAUCCUUUUACUCAGGCAUCUGCUUACCAUAAAUGACCAUGUUAUUUUGUAUUGCCAUGGACUUCAGCACCCAGACAAGCCAAAAACAGGGACAGGGAAGAAUUCAUUGAUGAUCACAUUGUUGCCUUGGAACCCAUGCAGAAGUAAACUCAUUAGCCACUUUGCUGAGAGAAGUGUUUGACAUGGUCUGAACCUAGUUACAUGUUGGCUGUAAUGUUGAGAAGUCAGUCCAAGGAGGUAUGUUCUUCCACGACAGCCUUCUCAGCCUCUGCCAUUUCCUUUGAGGAAGGUAGAAGCGAAUUUCCAUGUCUGCAGUCUUUAAAUACCUCAGAUUUUAUUAAUGGGAAAUACAGUACCCCUCCCUCCACUGCAUCUGAUAAUUUAUGGUAAAAUUGUGGUUCCGUGAACCAGCUAUUAGUCUCAUCUUCUUAACUCCCUCAGUCAUCAUCAAAUUCUUUGAUCUUCUCUGGCUCUCACAGAAGAAUCCUUUACACAUGAAAACAAUGGAACUGGAAAAUCUUGUCUCGUAGAAAAGAAAUUAAUCACAACUAUCUGUCUUGCCUAAAAGAUAAAUGUAUGUAAACCCAAGGAAAGGGGAAUUUAGUUUCUCCACAUGUCAUUUCGGUCUCCAAACUCCCUGUUGGCUUUUUAAUGCAAUUUUAAUUGUUGAAAUAAAAAAGUCACAAGGGUGUUUUGUUACUGUUUUCUCCAUGAAUAAACUCACUUGAUUUUAAAUUAAA